AUGAGUUGGGAUGUUGAUCAUUGUCGUGCUUUAGUAGCUGGGGAACAAAUGUAUCACGCUAAUAACCACCAAGCGUUACAGCAUCAACAGAACGCUAGUAAAGGUAGUCAGCCUUCGAAAUCGUAUUUUGCCGAUUGUAAACCCAUGGAUAUAGCUGUCGUUCAUGCGCAAGAUAUUGAUUAUCGUUCAAGUUCUGUACGUAAUGGAGAAUUAUACUUGAAACCUGACGGAACUGUAGAUCAAAGAAGUUCUGUCGUUCGCAGUGGUAAUGUUCGAAUAACACGGGAUGGUGGAAUUGACGGAAGAUCCGCAGCAGUAAAAAGAGGCAAUGUCGUCAAACGCUAA